UGGCCGAUUGAUAUUUACAUUUCACGGCUAUCUGAUCUGUUUUGAGUUUCUUUCGCCGACGAGAAGCGGGACUAUUUAGGCGGGAUUACGAUAUUUUUUUUAGGCGAGAAACCGAUAUGGCAAAUUUUUAGACAAUAUUUUGAGUCACGUCCAUGGAGUUGAAUUCGUCGCUUUGUAAUUUGGAAUAUAGCAGUGAUCGUAUGGAGCAAAAAGAUCGCGUAUCACAUUGCUGUACUGAUCUCGAGUUGGCGGCUGAGAUCGGCAAAAAUCUUCUGGAACGAAACAAAGAACUGGAGGUAAUGCUGAAGUCGUCGCAUCACUAUCUCGAAGAACAGUCAAUAAAAAAUGAGUUUCUUUCCAAACAACUGGAGACUUUGCGGGAGUUACAUGAAGGGCAAGUCAAGGCGUGCGAACAAAUGGAAUCCACCGCUUUAGAAUUACAGAAAACCAACAAGGAAUUACAAAGUGAGACUGCGGUUAUGAGAAAACGCUACCAAACGCUUGUGCAAACCGUGGACUCCUUGGAAAAUAAGUGUGACGAGUACAGGGUACAGCUGGAAGAACUGCAGAUAGAAAGAAUGAGACUCCAGAGUGAGAUGGCAAACAGUUUGUCUCUCAAGCUCACUCAGAAGGAGAGUGGGUACGAGUUAGGAAGUGAUAACGAGUCAGAUACCACCGAAAAGGACGAAGCAGUUUUAGGUUUUAAGAAGGAUAUUGAAAUUCUCAACGAAAGAAUUAUGAAGCUUAAAAGACAACAUUCUGUUGAGAAACGUCGAAGAGAAGAACUCGAGCUUGAACUUUCGGAUUUGAUUCACGAAAAUCAGACACUCGAUCGGGAACUUUGUCACUUCGCUCAUCAAGCAAAACUGUGGCAAGAGCUCGAAAACGAGACCUCAUGUCUGGCUUUGUCAGUCGAUAAUGACUCGUUACAUACUCGGCAAAUCUCGGAAAGCGUCGAGAAUAUCAGCUUGGUUGACGAUGAUUCGUUUGUUCUCGUAGAUGGUGAACUAAAUCGCCAAAGCAGCGCUACGUCGGAUCAAAGCGAGGUAGAAGUUUUAAGUCCGUCGCAUGAGGUGAAGUCUCCUCUUAAAGAGAAUAGUUCAUCGUUUUUGUCAGAGCUUGGAAGCCAAUAUCACGAGCUUGUCAGAAGAUACGACUCUCUGGUAGAAAGAUGCAAAACCGAAGGUAUCGUUCAAGAUAUAGCUCCGAUUCCCACAGUUCAACGCGCGAUUCAAACCUCGCCACUGGACGAGGAACCCGAUGUUGGUUUUGAAGAAAUGGGUUCACGGAAUAUAUCACGGCAAAACAGUGUAUCAGGCAACGGACGGGAAUACAAACAACUCUUCGCGCAAAUCUACUCCAAAAUAGAGGAAUCUAAAACUUUUAAACCGGCAGACAGAAGUGAAACUAAGGAGUGAUUUGAAAUGUGGAAAACUGCUAUGAAGCUUGGCUUUACCACCAGUUGAAAGACGGUGCAAAUAAGAAGUGGAAAGGGUUUAUGUGCGUGGUGAGAUUUCAUUUACACGAUUGCAAUUACUCGUGCCGAAAAUUACUCAGCUCGGAAAAACAUUUUACCAUGUAUUAUCUAUUCUACUGGUAAAAAGAUGUAUGCGGCCGGAUAAAGCUUUAAGCUUUAUCGUUGUGGUGAAAAUUCAGCUGUAUAUAUCAAAAUUUCGUUUAUACAUUAGGCUUCGAAGUUUCUUAUAUUAUUAUAACAAGAAAGGUAUUUUUUUCUGUUUACCAGACCGGUGGACAUCAGACGCUUUCAAAGUGAACCUACCCUCCCCUCCCCGGGAGAGCCAACGUUUGAAAGCUUGCGGUAAAAAAAAAAAAAAAAAAAGAAAAAGAAAAUCAACUUAUUGUAUUUCUACCUAAAGCGAACUCUUCAAUGGCUUUCGAACAACUCGGAUUUGCGAGUGUUUUCAUGUCGGUAAGUACGGAAUCGCGGCAAUCGUAAGUAAAAUUUUAUCAUGCUCUUUAAGAUUUCGAUUUCUGGCAAAUAUGUAGGUAGACACGGUGUUUUGGUCUGGACGAAAGCGAAACGCUUCUUUGAAAGUGUCAACAGAUAGUCGAUCACACAGAUACCGAAAAUUAUCUGAUUAACUCGAGACAGUAGAUAAUGGUCUUCUGAUUCUGAACAAGUAAGAUCUUUUAACUAAAAACUAAAAUUAAAUGAAUGUUCUGCUAAGUUUGCCGUACAGGAGUGACUAUCUAAACGCAAUUACCGCCCAGUUUCGCUACUUUCAAAAAACGUACAAGAAAAUUUGAUACCUGUAGAUUUUACGGCAAAGUUUGAAGCGACUUGUCAGCUCUAGAAGGUCGGGCAAAGCUUUCAAAACCAAUAGAUCGUAGAACAAACUUGAGUUUUCGUGACGAAUGAUCAAACAAGACAAUGAAUUUGAAAGCCUAGUACUGCUUGCAGAAAUUAUUGUUGGUUUUUAUGGCCAUUGUGAUGUUUUGUUGGCAUGGUUAAUUAUUUUCUCAUCAAAUUGAAUUCUUUUGUUUAAAAAAUCGUUUUGUGAGCGCACAAUCCAGAACGUCAAAGAUCUCUUGAAAUCAUUGAGAUUAACAAUGGGCGUUGCGAUAAAAAUAACAAACUAAAAAACCAUAGCUAGUACAAACCAAUCAAUAGAAAUGAUUGGAUUCUUGUCUGGAAAAUAUUAAUUUGCAUAUCCAAAUAUAAUUCAAGUGUGAUACGAAAUGUUAACGAGCGUAAUCAGAAUGUGAACUGACUUGGUAACAAAAGAAAAGAGUUCAAUGCCUGAAGCAACUUACGUCAUUCCUUAUAGCCGAGACCUGGAAACUUAUAAUUAUCAUUUCUUUCCACAACAGCGGUUACGAAAUCAAGCGCGACAUGUGACCAGAUUAGACCAAUCACAGUUAUGGAAAAUUCGGCACGGGUUUUAAGGACUUCAACAAAAACGCUUAGGUUGACAUAGUAAUAACAGUAUGUGUCUUGGCGAAAAAUUUAAUUUUCCACCGAAGGAAAACAAAAACCGUUACGACAGGUUUCAAUGGUUCCCCUUUUAUCUUGAUUCGACUGAAACAGGAGUUUUAAGAAUAACUAGUUCUUAUCAAGAAAAACGUGCGCAUACGGUACACUAGGAUGAACAUUUCUUAGUUCAAGGAUCAAUCACUGAAAAUAUUUUGGUGAUUGGGGGCGGAAGUGUGUGAUAAAACCACACAGUUCAAACAUGCAACAGUUAUUGAAACUUGCAGUUGUCCGCUUUGAAGUUAUCGCGCUUUUCAGGUACGGAACCUACACCCGUUCGAGUCGAAAGUCGAGUCUUAGCUUUGGGAAGCUAUACGAAUGGCCAUUGUAAGAAAGCCCGAACAAUCUGUCAAAACAUCAACACUUCAAGUGAUAACUAAGAGUUCUUUCAAAACUAUACGCAGUUUUUAAAAUUUUUAAUCACUACCAAUGGAGUUAAUCCUAACAGACUCGGAUGAUUAAUUGUUGAAUGUAUAUAUAUAAUUAGAACUUUCCGUACAAAUUAGUUUGCAUGCCUCUCAAACAGUCACUACAAAGACAUAAUGAGGUUACGUGUGAUGAUUUCGACGACUUUUCUCUUCCAAUCAAAAACAGUAUUUCUUGAUUUACUUAACUUCCUAACCGUUUGGUCUCUUAAUAUUUUUUAUUAUAUGCAUAAAGUUUAUUUGUUUCUUUGCAUAUAAAAAUAUAAAUAACAACACAAAAUGUGCCAUUUCAUAUUAAUAUCUCAAUAAAUUUUCUUUCACGAAAUCUCUCUGUAUUGGAACCUAGAUUAAAUUACCGUUUAUUUAUUUUUGUACUUCAUUUAUUCUUUUUCUCCGAAAAAAAAUCUUGAAAAAAGUGUCAUGUCUGACGUUACUCAUGUUAGAAUAAAACCCCCACUGAUGGAAUGCUUUGGGUAAGGUAAUAAUUCACUUAGUGGACAAGGGACGGGGCGUGGGGG